UGCAAAACCCUAGCCCCUCUCUUCUCUCUCUUUACACCAAAACGGGAAUAUGCCUCGAGUGGCAGGGCAUCAGGGUUUCUCGACGAUUGAGCUUGGGGGAGAAUGCAAGAGCUGGAGUAGCGGCGGCAUCGGAUCUGCGACUCGGCUGCGGCCGUGAGUAGCUGCGCAGCUCGAAAAUCUCUGGAAUUUAGGUCUGUAGGAUCUCCUGGUGGAUGGAUUCAGACGAUGACAUGCAAGACGCCUACACCUCCGACGGCGACUACUAUGGCGAUGAGUACAGCGACGCGAUGCCCAGCGACGAGGAGGACGAUGACUCCGUCUACCCGUUUGAUGAUAAUUCCAUGGACGAUCUUUCCCCUUCCACUCGGGCGCCUCAGGUAUGGCUCGGGAAAUCGCGCGCUUUACAUUUUGGCUGCCUUGUGCUUUUCCAGAAUAAUUUCGUGGUGCUGAGUGAAGACGAAAUUUGCAAGAGGCAAGAGGAGGCUGUGAAGAGCGUAGCGGGCGUGUUAUCGAUUUCCAAGGGCGAUGCUAGUGUUCUUUUGCGGCACUUCAAGUGGUGCAUCAGUACUGUAAAUGAUGAAUGGUUUGCCAAUGAGCAAGCUGUUCGCAAGACAGUUGGCUUACUGGAGAAAUCCGCGGGGAGGAGACCUCCCAAAGAGAUUGUUUGCGGGAUCUGCUUCGAUGCUUUCGGGGUUGACAAGAUGAGAGCAACGGUUUGCGGGCAUUACUUUUGUAGUUUAUGUUGGACAGGAUAUGUUCAUACUGCGAUUUCCGAUGGCCCUGGAUGUCUGACACUUCGAUGUCCUGAUCCAUCUUGUAACGCUGCUGUCGGGGAUGAGCUUGUUAUGUCGCUGGUUUGCGAGGAAGACCGUGUCAAGUACAAUAGAUAUUUGUUACGCUCGUUUGUCGAAGACAACCGAAAGGCAAAAUGGUGUCCUGCUCCAGGAUGUGAUUUUGCGCUGGAGUAUUUUCCAGGUAGUGGUUCACAUGACGUUGUCUGCAAGUGCGGUCAUCCAUUCUGCUGGAGCUGUUUGGAGGAUGCCCAUCGGCCCGUUGAUUGCGAAACUGUGACGAAGUGGAUACUGAAAAACUGCGCUGAAUCCGAGAACAUGAAUUGGAUUCUCGCCAAUUCCAAACCUUGUCCAAAGUGUAAAAGACCGAUCGAAAAAUCUCAAGGAUGCAUGCAUAUAACGUGUACGCCUCCGUGCAAGUUUGAGUUUUGCUGGCUUUGUCUUGGACCGUGGUCUGAACACGGUGAGCGCACAGGGGGAUUUUAUGCUUGUAAUCGGUAUGAAGCUGCUAAGCAGGAAGGAGUGUAUGAUGAAGCUGAAAGGCGUAGAGAGAUGGCUAAGAACAUGCUUGAACGUUAUACACACUACUACGAAAGAUGGGCCACAAACGAGUCAUCCAGGCAAAAAGCGCUCUCUGAUCUUCAACAGAUGCAAGCUUUACAUAUGGAGAAAUUAAGCGACAGACAGUGUCAGCCUGUAUCACAGCUAAAGUUUGUGACGGAUGCUUGGAUGCAGAUCGUAGAGUGCCGACGGGUUCUAAAAUGGACAUACGCGUAUGGUUAUUAUCUUCCAGAAAACGAGGAUGCGAAGCGGCAGUUUUUUGAGUACGUGCAAGGUGAAGCGGAGGCCGGCCUUGAGCGCCUACACCAAUGCGCGGAGAAGGACUUGCAAGUCUUCCUGGGCGAGGAUCCUCCGGAUGUCCCGUUCAACGAGUUUCGCACCAAACUGGCUGGUCUCACAAGUGUAACGAGGACUUACUUUGAGAACUUGAUGCGCGCGCUGGAGACGGGGCUAUCGGACGUGGACAACUCGAAAGCGGCGGCCAACAGCAACAAGAACAGCAGCAGCAGCUCCAAGGCGUCGGGAAGCUCCCGGAAGAGCGGCAAGAAAGGCGGGAGCUCCAAGAACAAUGGGGGCUCGAGCCGGAGCGCCAUUGACGAGAGCGGUGUGUGGUCGUGCGAGCGCUGCACCUUCGGUAAUCCAUCCAGCGUGCGUUCGUGUCAACUGUGCCACCACAGGCCCUGAGAGAAGGAAGAAAAGUUGUCUUUAAGCAAAGUAUAUUCUUGGUA